AGGAACUGUUCGACUUUCGCGAUCAACCGGAAAAAAAUUGACAUGAAGUCAAGGGAGGAGAAUGGUUUGGCUGAUGGCAAGUCGGACAUGGCUCUGGUCAAUAUAUUAUCGCAAGAAAAGCAAAUGAGACAUAGAUUACCUUGGUAUUAUGCACCAUCUUUUCUGCUCCUAUGGGUAGCUCUCUUCUAUGCGGUGGUAUACCCUCUUUACCACCGACUGCCGGAUAGCGUCAUGAUAGCAGAUGAAUCUAGUAAACCUGGUCAAUUUGUGGCGGAACGGGCACAAAGAUUACUUUACAAAUAUGACAAGAUUGGACCCAAAGUUGUGGGUAGUGUGGCAAAUGAGGUGACAACGGUGGCUUUCAUCGUGGAUGAAGUGGAAAAUAUCCGAGCAGCAAUGCGCAGUGAUCUUUACGAAUUGGAGUUGGAUGUGCAACAGCCUUCCGGGGCCUACAUGCAUUGGCAAAUGGUGAACAUGUACCAAGGUGUUCAGAAUGUGGUUGCCAAAAUUAGUACUAAGAGCUCGAAUAGUUCGUCCUACCUUCUGGUCAACAGUCACUUUGAUUCCAAGCCCAGCAGUCCUGGUUCCGGUGAUGAUGGCACCAUGGUUGUGGUUAUGCUAGAGGUCCUGCGCCAAGUAGCUAUAUCGGAGACCCCAUUCGAGCAUCCCAUUGUAUUUCUUUUCAAUGGAGCUGAGGAAAACCCUUUGGAGGCAUCACAUGGCUUUAUUACUUCGCAUAAAUGGGCGGGGAAUUGCAAGGCUCUCGUAAAUCUCGAGGUUGCGGGCAGUGGAGGACGUGAUCUGUUGUUCCAAAGCGGCCCGAAUAAUCCGUGGCUCAUUAAGUACUAUUAUCAAAAUGCGAAGCAUCCGUUUGCCACCACAAUGGCCGAGGAAAUUUUUCAGUCUGGUAUUUUACCCUCCGAUACGGAUUUUCGUAUCUUUCGCGACUAUGGAGAGCUGCCAGGUCUUGAUAUGGCUCAAAUCAGCAAUGGCUAUGUAUAUCACACAAUUUUUGAUAAUGUUCAGGCGGUGCCUAUUGAUUCCCUUCAAAGUUCUGGAGAAAAUGCUUUGUCAUUGGUGCGAGCUUUUGCCAAUGCCAGUGAAAUGCGUAACCCAGAGGAGCACAGUGAAGGACAUGCCGUCUUCUUUGACUAUCUGGGCUUAUUUUUUGUGUACUAUACUGAAACCACAGGCAUAGUCCUGAACUGUUGCAUUGCCAUUAUCAGUUUGAUUCUCGUGGGUUGUUCUCUUUUGAGGAUGGCUCGGGAAUCGAAUGCUUCUAUUGGUCAAAUAUCCAUUUGGUUUGCCAUAAUCCUUGGACUUCACUUGUUAGGCAUGGUCCUCAGUCUUGGAUUGCCUCUGCUGAUGGCGGUUCUUUUCGAUGCCGGAGAUCGUUCGAUGACCUAUUACAGUAACAAUUGGUUGGUGAUAGGUCUUUUUAUAGUUCCAGCGAUUAUUGGGCAAGUUCUGCCGUUAACUCUGUACUACACCCUGAAACCGAAUGACAAAAUUAGUCACGCCAAUCACAUACAUAUGAGUCUUCACGCACACUGUGUACUCUUGUCUCUGAUUGCCAUCAUUCUCACUGCUAUAAGUUUGAGAACACCAUACCUUUGCAUGAUGUCUUUGCUGUUCUAUGCGGGAGCUCUGUUGAUCAAUAUUUUGAGUACUCUUCAUGAUCGAGGCUACUAUUGGGUGUUGAUUGUGCAAAUCCUGCAAUUAAUGCCGUUCCUGUACUUCUGUUAUCUCUUCUACACUUUCCUUCUGGUAUUCUUUCCCAUGCUGGGUCGCUUUGGACAUGGAACUAACCCAGAUCUUCUGAUUGCUCUGAUUUGCGUUGUGGGAUGCUUUUUCGCCUUGGGAUUUGUGGCUCCGCUGAUCAACAUGUUCCGUUGGCCCAAAUUAGCAUUGCUUGGCUUGGGAGUAGUCACCUUUAUAUUCAGCAUGAUUGCGGUUUCCGAUGUUGGUUUUCCAUAUCGCGCCAAGACCAGCGUGAUGAGAAUUCACUUCCUGCAUGUUCGUCGCAUUUUCUAUGAGUACGAUGGCUCUGUGAGUCUCAGUGACUCUGGCUACUACUUCGACUUUCAGGAUCGUCGUCUUUAUUAUCCCUUAGAGGAUACCUCAUUGAAUCUAACUGGUAUGGUCAGCACAUCCUCUUAUUGCGAUGAGUAUCUGAUGUGUGGUGUUCCCUGCUUCAAUCACCGUUGGUGUAAAACCCGCAUAAAGAGUCAUUGGUUACCGCGGGAGCAGGAGGUGGCCAUUCCGGGGGCAACGUCCCUAAAGCUUCUCAGCAAAACAGUUUUGGAGUCUGGAAAAAUAGCUCGCUUUGAGUUCGAGAUUUCAGGGCCACCACACAUGAGUCUAUAUAUUCAACCACUGGAAGGGGUUGAGGUGGAGGAUUGGUCCUUUAUUCGAAAUAUGUUGGAUGAGCCUGAAACGUACUCAGCGCCCUAUCAAAUAUUUUUCGCCUAUGGAAACGAUAAUUCACCCUUAAAGUUUCAUAUUGAUUUUGCUAAAUCCUCUGGAGACUUUAGCACUCCAACUUGCCAGCUAGGAUUUGCUGCCAGCUUUGUAAGCUACGAUUACGAUCGCGACGCUGCUGGCUUGAAGUUUAUAUCAGAUUUUCCCGACUUUGCUCAUGUUAUGGAAUGGCCGACUUUGUAUGAACGUUAUAUAUUUUAAGUUUAUUAGCUUUUGCUUAAAUUUGUUUGCACCAAACAACUGCUCUAUUAGCUAUAAAAGUUAGAUUUUAGUUUAAUUAUUAAACGCACUC